AGAAAUUGGAAGUAUCAAAUGAGAUAUAAAUACAAUUCUGUAUGAGAAAAGAAGUAGAGAACAGUGUCCUGUCUUUCUUCUCUUUCCAUGUAUUAUAGGCGUUGUGAAGGCGUGCUUCACAAGUGGAUGUAAUUAUAAUACUAAAUCAAGAAACCUUUAUUUUAUACCGAAGAUUUUCGUAUUAGUGCUAUCAUCAUGCGAGUUCAUGUUAAGUUUGACGAGAAAUGUGUCGUUGUUCCUUGUGAAGACGGCAAGCACAGCGUAAAAUGGCUCUUGACUCAAGCCUUACUAAGAUUUCAAACCUUGGGCGAAGUGAUUUCAAGAAACGACAGUAACGCGUGUUUGCAACUGCCUAAUGACGGUGGAACGCUCUGGUCUGAUGAUGUAAUUCAAGAUGUUUUGGAAAAUGAUGACUUCGUUGAGAUGAGAUUUACGACGGCUGAUGAUGUAUGCGAUCCAAACCAAGACAAAGGUCUUUCUUCAAAGAAUCCAUCUCUUCCAUCACAACAAAAGAUGAUUUUGGAUGGCGAGAGUCUGACUAUAGAAAUACUUAAACAUCUUGCAAGUGGAAACUGUAAAAUAGAGAUCUCUCCUGAAGCAAUAGAUCGCGUUAAAAAAGGCCGAGAACUUGUGGAGGACAUAGUUCGUGAAAACAAAGUGGCGUAUGGUAUCAAUACUGGUUUUGGAAAGUUCGCCCAGAAAGUUAUAUCGGGAGAAAAGCUAGAACAACUUCAAGAGAAUUUGAUUAAAUCGCAUGCAGCUGGUACAGGAAACCCACUUACAAUUGAACAAACAAGAAUGAUGAUGGCACUACGUAUUAAUGUGCUUGCUAAAGGAUACAGUGGAAUAUCUUGGGAGAAUUUGCAGUUGAUCGUGGAGGCUUUUAACGCAUCUUGUUUACCUUGGAUUCCGGAGCAGGGAACUGUAGGAGCAAGUGGGGAUCUUGCACCACUUGCUCACCUCGCGCUUGGCCUUAUGGGAGAAGGGAAAAUGUGGAGUCGUAAAAGUGGUUGGAGCGACGCUAAACUGGUAUUGCUGGCACAUGGCUUAAAACAGAUCGUGUUAGGUCCAAAGGAGGGUCUUGCAAUGAUCAAUGGAACCCAAUUAAUAACUGCUGUUGGAUCUGAAGCAUUAUCUCGGGCAAUCGCAAUUUCACGGCAGACAGACGUCGUUGCUGCAUUAACAUUGGAAAGUCUUAAAGGAACACCACGGGCUUUUGAAAGUCGUAUUCAUAAGCUAAGACCACACAAGGGGCAAGGAAUUGUAGCAAAAAGAAUAAAGUCUCUACUACAUACCGAACGUUAUCCUUCUGAAAUUUAUGAAAGCCAUCGUUUUUGUGAUCGCGUGCAAGAUGCAUACACCAUGCGUUGCUGUCCACAGGUUCAUGGAAUUGCGUUGGAUACAAUCGAAUUUGCAAAAGAUAUUCUCACCACCGAGAUGAACAGCGCAACAGAUAAUCCUAUGAUCUUUGCCGAGUCACGUGAUGUUAUUUCUGGUGGAAAUUUUCAUGGAGAAUAUCCGGCAAAGGCGUUAGAUUAUCUAGCAAUUGGAGUCCAUGAGUUAUCAAGUAUCAGUGAACGUCGUAUUGAACGGCUUAUGAAUCCAGCUUACAGUGGCUUACCAGCCUUCCUUGUUGAAAACGGUGGCCUAAAUUCUGGUUUCAUGGUGGCGCAUUACACAGCGGCGGCUCUAGUAUCCGAAAAUAAAGUGUUAUGUCACCCAUCUUCCGUCGAUUCUUUAUCUACGUCAGCGGGUACUGAAGAUCACGUGUCCAUGGGUGGUUUCUCAGCGAGAAAAGCGUUGAAGGUCGUGGAAAAUGUUGAACGAGUUAUUGCUAUCGAGUUGUUAGCUGCUUGUCAGGCGAUCGAGUUUUUGCGUCCUCUGAAGACGACCGAACCACUGGAAGGUGUUUAUGAAUUAGUUCGAAAAUACGUCAAAACCUGGGACAAAGACAGAAUAAUGGCCCCUGACAUUGAAAAAGUUACAAAUCUUCUGCGAUCGGAAAAGGUCUGGGAAGUGGUCUCACCUUACAUUGACGACAAUUGCAUCGCCAUUCAAUCGACGUAAUCUUAAAAAAGCGUAAUGUAUAGAUGAAAACAUUUUAUAUCUUAAAGAGCACUUCAAUCAAUGACGAUUAUUGGUGUUGUGAAACAUUCAUUAUGUAACAUUUUUAUCUCACAGAAGACGAUAAGUUUACUUUUAUUUGUUUCUUAUAUGUUAUUUACAUGAUAUGCUAACGCUUUGAGAAAAUUCCCGAUUAUUUUGCAGCAAAAUCUCUUAAUUUUCCUCCAACAUUUUCAUCCCAUCCUUUACGACAUGUUUUCAUGAUCCACGCAUGCUCGUCAUCGUCUAGAGUGAAAAGAAGGAAGAAAGUCUUGAAAGUACUGGAAACAUCAAAAUCAGGUACAGGCAGCGGUGAUAACCGACGACGAUGGAUAUUUGUCAUUGGGUCAAAUUUAAUUACCCGCAUUUCGUAAGAAUUGCCCUUCAUAAUCUACAACAAUACGCGUCACUGGGUUGUAAAAACCGUCACCACAGUCAUAGCAGCCUUCGAGAAUGUCACGUGGUGGCACGCGAUUGGUGAGCUGGGAACGACCUAAAACAAAAUCCAAUUAAGCAUUGUUGAAUCUUGAAUUUGUCUUAAUUUAUUGAAUCGUUCAGUACAAAUACGAUCUUCGGCCAUGACUCAAGGAUUAAGGUUAAGAAUACCAAGUAGCUUAUUCAAUAAAGACAAAUCAACGUUUAAA